AUGUCCACGACACUCUUCACCACGUUCGCUUGCGGACACGAAGAACGUUCAGCCACCCGAAUCGGCGAGGAACAAGGACCAGGAGUGAUGGGAAUCAUCCGAAGAAUGAGCUGCAAGAAUAAAUCCGGGGCUGUGAUUGCAGAUUCCGCGCUUUUGUGUACAACUUGUCGGGAAAAGCCACAUCCAGAACCACUCAGAUCUCAUCCGGUUAUAAUCAUCCAUCCACGAGAACCGAGACAGCUUGCCACUAAUUCCGGUCGCUUCUUCUACGGAUGA